AUGAAAAAACUUCUCGAGUCUCUCUCUUCUAGGCUGCCCCUUCUCACGGCAGUUGCCUCUGCCUCCCUCAUAACCGGAAGAAGCAGUGCUUUUUCCUCGUAUAAGCCCAUUCUCUCCGACCUGAUAAAGUCCUCCUCUGUUAUGGUCUCUCUCCCCAUUUCCGUUGGGGAUUCUGUCUCCAUAAGCAGCGCAAAAGGACGAGUCUCCAGCAUAUCUAUACACUACGUCUCCCUCGACAGCACCGACAGAGUAACGUACAUUCCCACGCACACUCUGUACAAUACAGUGAUAACCAAGUACAAAUAA